AUGGAUAUAUACAUUUUGAUUCUGAAUCUUCUGCUCUAUCUUUUGUGGGCAACCGCAGACAACACAAAUUCCCUCCCAAUUGUGGAUUUGGGAUACAUAAUACAACAGGCUACAUUAAAUUUAGAUGAAGAACUCUACAACUUUUCCAACAUUCAAUAUGCAACCGCACCCUUAUUCGCGGCGCCUCAGAAUAUUACGACAAUACACCGCUGUAUAAAUAGUGGGCAGGUUCAAGGUAUAUGUCCCCAAAGUACACCAUGGUGGCAAGUUCUCGGAAGUGACCCACAUAUAUUUAAUACCGUUUCAGCCCAUGUCGAUCCCCGUACUGUGCAAGAAUGUUUGACACUGGAUGUAAUUGUUCCAACGAAUGUGUGGAAUCGGCACGAUUUUAAAGGUAAGUAUUAUGUACCAGUGCUCGUCUGGAUCCAUGGUGGGGGGUAUGUGUCCGGUGAUAAGAACUCAGCUGGCAAUCCCAAUAAUCUUAUCAAUCAAUCAGUCACCAACAGUUCUUCCGGAAUUGUUUUCGUUUCCCUAAAUUACCGCCUAGGCAUGUUCGGCUGGCUAUCUGGACCUAAAUUUCAAUCCGAGGGCGGAAUCUCUAAUAUAGGUCUACGAGAUCAACGAGCCGGACUUGAAUGGGUUAAGAGAUAUAUCCAUCUAUUCGGUGGAGAUGCGGGUCGUAUAACCGUCAUGGGGGAAUCUGCCGGCGCGGGAAGCAUCAUGCAUCAUCUCAUUGCAGAAGGAGGCAAGCUGAAAGCACCCUUUAGUCAGGCCAUCAUCCAAAGCCCAGCAUUGGCACCGGUCCCGAGCACCGAAGUCCAGGAUUACAAUUUUGAUAUGGUUCUCAAAUGGGCAAGCAUUCUGACGACUUCGCAACUAUCCACACUAGAAGACUUAAAGAACGUUCCGUUUACUACACUCCUUCAAAUCAACCAAGUAACUACUGCCCCAUCAUAUUGGGGUUCCAUGACUUGGGGGCCUACAGUUGAUGGACGCUAUGUUCCUAAAAUGCCAGGUGUCUUGUUUCAACAGGGGCAUUUCGACCACUCGAUCAAAGUUGUUACAGGUCACAAUAGUCAUGAAGGGAGGAGUUUUGGCUCUCCACUAGUCACUGACGAGAGUCAGUAUCUACAAUAUCUCCGUGAGCUUUUGCCAUCUGCGUCUGCAGAUAUUAUAAAUUAUUUGGACAACCACCUCUACAGCCAAAGAUCUAAUUGGAGCAACGAUCCAAACAGAAAUGAGAGAGACCGAUUAAUAAACACGAUCACAGACUAUUUUUUUAUUUGUAACAAUCGGUAUAUAGACACUGCAUACCAAGAUAUUGGGUCAUGGGGAUACUACUUUGACGUUCCGCCAGGCGUUCACGCGCAAGAUUUGGCUUACACAUUUUAUAACCCUGGAGCAGACUCCAAGAUAAACGUGACCAUUGCUCGGCAAAUGCAGAGCUAUUUCGCAAACUUUAUCCAAACUGGAGAUCCAAAUGCACCCGGAUUACCGACAUUGGUAUCGUAUCGUGAGGGCUCAAUGCUUCGGUCUUUACAUGCCAAUGCCUUGGUAAAAGAUACUGCAGCAACGGAUCGUUGUGCCUGGUGGCAGCAAGCCUUGUAUGCAUAAAAAAAAUACUAAUCUUUGCCUAUAAUGACUUACUUUUCAGAUCAGCUGAUUAGUCUAAGACAAUUUAAUCAGGAUUAGGGAUUGCAUUUGUUGUUUCAACCUGAACCUAUGUGAUAAAGAGGCUCUAGGUAUCAAACGACAAAGAAUGUAUAUAAAUAGUCCAAUAUAACCCAAACGAAUGUGUAUGGGAGGUGCAUCCACUACCAUUUGAAAAGUCUGAUGAAUU